UUAGAAUCGCUCCUCCUUUCACGCCGUCACGCCGCCACUCCCCGGCUGCGGUCCGCUCUCACCUUCCGCCGACAGCCCGCCACCCACCUCGACGGCCGUCGUCCGUCGGCCGUCGCGGGUCCCCGACCGUAUUCCCUGCCGCCCCCUCUCCCUCGCCUUCUCUCCGCAGCUCACCCCGCAACUUCCAAUCCUCCGGUAGCCCAACGCCGACCAUGGGUUUCGCGCAGCUCGUCAUCGGCCCCGCCGGCAGCGGCAAGUCGACCUACUGCUCUGGUCUGUAUCAACACUGCGAGACGGUGGGCAGGAGGAUUCAUAUGGUCAACCUGGAUCCAGCUGCAGAGCACUUCAGCUAUCCUGUAUCUACUGAUAUUAGAGAGCUCAUAUCACUGGAUGAUGUCAUGGAGGAGCUUGGGAUGGGACCAAAUGGCGGCCUCAUCUAUUGCAUGGAGCACCUUGAAGACAAUUUAGAUGAUUGGUUGGAUGAACAAUUGGAAAACUACUUGGAUGAUGACUAUCUUGUGUUUGAUUGUCCAGGCCAGAUUGAACUCUUCACUCAUGUUCCAGUCCUGCGUAACUUUGUUGAGUAUCUGAAACGGAAAAAUUUCACUGUUUGCGCUGUGUACCUUUUGGAUUCGCAGUUUGUCAGUGAUGUCACGAAAUACAUUAGCGGUUGCAUGGCUUCUCUUUCUGCUAUGAUUCAACUUGAGCUUCCUCAUAUCAACAUCCUUUCAAAGAUGGACCUGGUUUCCAAUAAAAAAGAUGUAGAAGACUAUCUGAACCCUGAGGCACAGGUUCUUCUGUCACAGCUGAAUCGGCAGAUGGCACCUCGGUUUCACAAGUUAAACAAGGCUUUAGCUGAACUGGUUGAUGAUUACAACAUGGUGAAUUUCAUACCACUUGAUUUGAGGAAGGAGAGCAGCAUUCAGUAUGUGCUGUCAAACAUCGACAACUGCAUCCAGUACGGGGAAGACGCCGAUGUGAAGGUUAGGGACUUCAUUCCCGAGGAGGACGAUUAACCAUUUUGAUCAAGUAGAAGCAACAAAUUAGUCAGGUAUCAUGUAGAAUAGGUCCAUGGGAGGAGGAAUUCGCCGCAGAAGCGCUAUUUAUCUGUUUCAAUUGUUAGUCGAAAAAACAAGGCAGAAUGCAUCUGUGAAGAGUGUGUGGGUCACCUUAUGCGUGUGGUUGACUAGCAAGUGCUUGUGUAAACAAAUCAUCCUCCUCUUCCAGAGUUCUUGAAUCGCAUCAGACAUGAGCGGUAAUACGUACCUAAAACAGUGUAUGCGCUAAUGCACCAAUUCUGCUCCUUUCUUUUUGGUCA